UGCUUCCUCUCCGACGGAAGACUGAGCGGCGCGCCCGCGGGAAUCUCCUGCUUGGGAGUCUCCUAGGGAGCGGCCUCUGUAAUGUUGGGCUCGGGGAGGCUAGAACUGCGGCCCUGGAUUCGAGAGCUGAUCCUGGGUUCAGAGACACUAUCAAGCCCACGAGUCGGGCAGCUCCUAAAGGUAAUCCAGGACUCGGAGACUCCGGGCCCGUCUUCUGCGCCUGACACACAUGACACCGGGGCCAUGUUGCUUGUGUCAGACGGAACCCACAGUGUCCGAUGCCUGGUGACGCGCAAUGCCAUCGACACCUCCGAGUGGGAAGAGAAGGAAUUCGGAUUCCGUGGGACAGAGGGCCGCCUCCUGCUACUGCAGGGCUGCGGGGUCUGCAUUCAGGUUGCUCAGGACCGUUCGCCUGCGGAGUUCUACCUCCAGGUGGACCGCUUUAACCUGCUGCCAUCGGAGCAGCCUCGGGUACAGGUGACUGGUUGCAAUCAGGAUUCGGAUGUGCAGAGAAAGUUAUGUGAAUGCCUUGAGGACCACCUUUCAGAGUCUGCUUCUGCCAGUGCAGGUGCUGGCCUAACACUGUCUCAGCUUCUGGAUGAGGUGAAAGAGGACCAGGGUCAUCGGGGGGCCCUAGUGCAUCUAGCCGAGAGCUGCCUGACACUUUCAGGCCCUUACACAGCCACCCCCCUCACCCACUGGACAGCCUCUUGUUUACAGGCCAAGGAAGAAGCCGUGUUCACUGUCUCUAGUUUAUUGCUGCACAUCUCUGAGAAUGACGAACAGAUUCUCAGUUCUAUUGGGUCAAAUCAGAAUGCACCAGGAAACCCUGCUUCACUCAGGAACAUACCAUUGGAAGAAAGUGAUGCCAGUGUUAGCCUUCUGUCAUCCUUGGCUACAUCAGACCCUGGACAGAAGGACAGCAUCCAGCCUGCACCAGCUGUUUGUUCAUCCUCCCUAAGGCCUCAGGCUCCCAGUUCCCCACCUCAUAGUUCUAUACCCAGCUCCCCACUCUUGACCUGUACCCCCAGUUUCUUGCCCCUAAGCCAUGCCUCCAGUCCAUACCAGGCCCAUAGCCUGGAGAUGAGGGAGCUCCAGUGGCCUAUCAAGAAACGGCAGCUUUUCCCAAGAACCAGAGCCAAGGGAGUCCAAGAACCAUGCUCUGUCUGGGAACCCCCAAAGAGGCAUCAUGAUGCUUCUGCUUUCCAGUAUAAAUAUGAGAUGCCCUCAGCCUCCCUCCAUGCCCAGGUACAAAGUGCCAGGGUUCCUCCUCAGCUUCUAGCUUGGGCCUUGAGUUUGGUGAUGGAGUCAGAGUCUGAGUUAAUGCAGGCAUGAGGAGUCACCUGGACAUAUCAAAGGAUGUGUACACACAGGUCUAUGGACAAACAGUAUUCCACACCCUGUUUCAUUCAAGUUUUUUAAUAAAAUAAUUUCAUGCGGCAGGAAA